AUGACUUGCGCGCCUUCGCUCUUCCUCCCUUCGCUCUCUGUCUCUGCUUUGCUAUCGCCCAUCCAAAUGUCGGUCUCUCCUGAAAAUGACACUAACUCAGUACCUCCUUCGAGCAGGGCCAGUCGAAGCCAGUUCACUCCUACCCCGGCUCUGUGGGCAUACCUCCUCCACAAGCCCGGGUCUUCGCAGCGCACGCCCAGUGGGACAUCUUUCCCUGCAAACACACAGAUAGCACCGGUAGACAAGGCUGGGACCUCAACGCGCAUACUCUUGCAUGACACCCAUGCCCGACUAGAGACAUUCUCGGAGCGCGCGGGUAAGCUCGCGGACGGUGUUGACAAGGCGCAGCAGGCCCUCGUAAGAGCACAGCAGGAAAUGGAAAGCGAGAUGGAGAAGAUGGGAGAGCACAUUGGGAAACUAGUCGAGCGCUAUCGCAGCGACAUUGAAAAGAAAAUCGGCGAACCUGCACAGGCGUCCGCUCUGUCCGAUAUGCGAGCUGAGCUGGCCACAACACGAGCCGAGCUCACUGCGACAAACCGACGAUUCGACACUGUCGACGCGAAAAUGACCUCGCUCAACGCGCUCGCGCAGACUCAGUCGCAGGUUCUGCAAAACUUGCAAGAACACCAGAUGCGCGCACUGGAACAGCACGCUCAGGUCGUCGCACUCAUCACGCCACUCGUUCCUCUUCUGCAAGCCAUUCCCCUUCAGGUGGAGGUUGCUCGGAAUGCCGUGAUCGAAGCCAUGCAAAAACGCCCAGUCUCAUGCGCAUGUUCAUGCUCUUCGUCCCACGCCUCUUCUCGGUCAGAGCUACGGUCUAAUCGUUUAUCCUCGCCUUCAUCCGUAGAGGGAAAUGAAGCAGCUCGGAGAUCCAACAACACCUCAUCCCUCAAAAGGCGUCGCAUUGAUGACUCGAUGGCUCCACCUGCCAGUGUGGUACAUGCACGCGCCUUUUCUGCUGCAUUGCCGCCGCCCUCUCCACGUCGUCAAGCGACUCCAUCGUCUGUUCCGAGGCAUCCUUUCCCGGCCCCUCUCCUUAGGCUGGCAUCUCACUCACUACGUCAUGCACAAUCAACCGCACCAAGGCGAGAGCAGGGGACUACAGCUGCCGCUCUCGAUCGCACGCAGCUGCUGCGCCGCACGUCGUUACGAGGUCCCGCUCACCCUAGUCGACACGAUCUCACCGAGACGCCCAUGUCUGUUUCUCGGGAUCUUGGUGUGACCCCCAACCAAAGGCAGAACUUAUCCUCCGGGCGUGCGCGAGGCACUCCUGAUCCCUGUCAAUUUGUUCAAGGUUCGUCCACGGCUACAGUUUUGGUGGCUCAUAAUGCUCCAAUGGAGCGCGAGGGAGGUCCACGAAUGGAUCAUCGAUCACCUUUGUUUGGUGGACGAAUUCUCCGCUCCAUGCAGGCAAGGUUGUCCACACCUAUACCACACCGCUUUCCCGACCUUCGGGCUGGUGGUAAACCGCGUCACUCCUUCCGAGUCCCGGGGAUGCAGACCGAUGAGCAUGGGCGUUUGUCAACAGCAUACCACACGGCCUCGUCAUUCCCACAGACGGAGGAAACACUUCUACCACCCAGCUUGCGUGAACGAAAGCGCGAAAUUUUGAAUCUGCCAGAUGCCCCAAGGAGACGCUUCAUCCCGUUAGAAGAUGACGAUGAUCAUGAGAUAGACAAAGAGGGCAGCGAAGCCUUUGUGUGA